AUGUCAGAUUCGGAGAGUACCGAUUCCGGAAAACCUACCAUGGAGACAUCGAGCAAAAGCUCGCCGAUGUUCCCUCCAGAACUAGCCGCGCAAUUCGCAGAAUUUCUGAGGCUGAGCAUUAGCUCUGCCUUGCCAAAAAAUCCAACCGAAGAAACGAAGCCCCAUCGCCCUGAAUCAUUGGGCGACAUUACCGUCUCGCCCAAACUAGAUGGAGAAAAUUAUCCACUAUGGGCUAAUAUGAUCGAUAGGGCAAUUGGAGGGAAAGGAUUGACGUCUCACAUUGACGGAUUGUCAAACCCCCCUCUUCGAUCUGACCCCUCGUAUCAGCAAUGGCAACAACGCGAUCAUUGCGUCUUUAGUUGGAUAAUCAACAACAUCAGUCCCGAUCUUGUGAAUGAGGUGUCACAGUAUGCGACGGCAAUGGACCUAUGGGAGGGCCUUGCCGUCACGUAUGGAAGCGGAACUGACCCGUUUCAGAUCUACGACCUACAUAGACAGACAAGUGUCAUCAAGCAAGAAGGUAUGUCCCUAGAAGCAUUGUGGAACAAGCUGCAAGGCUUAUGGAUCUCGAUCGACCGAAGAGAUCCCAAUCCCAUGGAAGGAGAGGCAGCAUCAGCGAUCGAAAAAUACGGUCGAAUAGUUCAGAAACAGAGACUUUACCAGUUCAUCACUGCAUUAGACGAUAAAUAUGAUGUCGUGAAAAAGGAGAUAAUGAGGCGGGAUCCCUUACCGACCGUACGCGCCGCGUAUGGGAUAGUUCGACGAGAAUCAAACAAUAACCAAAUCCUCACAAAGGAAACAGGGCAGCCCGGAAUUGGGACCGGUCUCUCAGCCGUGGACCGUGGUCGCUCCGGCCAGUCACCAAACGUUGCCACCAAUCGCCCAUGGUCUCGGCGACAGGACGAAGAUCGGAGCAAAUUAAUUUGUUCACACUGCGGCGGAAAGAAACACACGAAGGAGGGCUGCUUCCUCCUUGUAGGGUAUCCCGACUGGUGGGAUGAUAUGAAGAAGGCGAGGGCAACGAAGUCUGCGACCAGAAAUAAUGGGCGGGCGGCGGUGGUGGUGACUGACCGCGUCGCUGACGCCGGAAAAUCCGCAGGCAACUCCAACGCUGAGCAACUCACUGACGGAGGAGACCGGAGAAACGAGGAGACAGCGCGAGCUUCAGCCGUGAGGGUGUGGGAUGAAGGUAACAUUGACGGCGAUUCAAUUUGGGGUAAAAGCUCUAAUCCUCAAUAUUUUGCAGGAAGGUCCCCAGAAUGUGCUAUUAUUCCACCUGAACCCACAGCUUCUUUAGAUACCCUAAAAACCACCCCAAACCCCCACAUAAUUCGAAAUAAACCCAUACAGUUUGCAAUAUCACAAAAAACACCCCAUUUUCAGCCCUACUCACCAAAUCAGCCCCAUCUUUUUGCCAAAAUCGGAAAAAUGACCCCAGAAAUUCCUAAAUUAGGCUUUGACCCCAACAUUGAGUGCAAAAAUCAAUUUCAGGCCCUAGCCCUUAUUGGUUCGGUAGAAUCACGAGGGAAAGACAGUGAUUGGAUAUUCGACUGCGGAGCUACGGAUACUAUGUCAUUUGAUAUAUCUGAUUUUAUUGAUGUAUUUGCUCCCAGGAAAAAAUUUGUCCAAACAGCCAAUGGACAUUUGAUUCCUGUCCAAGGAACGGGCACGAUCAAAAUAUCACCUACAUUGAAGAUUUCAAAUUGCUUAUAUGUUCCAUCAUUGGCACAUAAAUUAUUGUCUGUCAGUCAUGUCACGAAAGAGCUGCAGUGCGAACUACUAAUGCAACCAAAUCUUUGUGUUUUGCAGGAUCUCAAGACGGGCUCGACAGUUGGGCAUGGCACUGAACAAGAUGGAUUGUAUUAUGUGGAUAAGGUGGCCCAACACGUUUUCCUUUCAUUGUGA